GAACGGAAGUACAGCACAUGUGACGUCAUUAGGUGAACGCCUGAACAAGGAAAAGACCAAAACCGAGAGCGGAGACAAAUAAACAAACACAUUCUGAGGGAAAAUAUCAAAAUAGUCCUCCAAACUUCAUACAAACUCUAAAAUAACAACAUAAUGGACGACACUCUGUUCCAGCUAAAGUUUACAUCAAAGCAGUUGGAGCGACUGGCCAAAAAAGCAGAGAAAGACUCUAAAGCAGAACAAGCUAAAGUGAAAAAGGCUCUUCAGCAGAAGAACGUGGAUUGUGCGCGAGUGUAUGCAGAGAAUGCCAUUCGCAAGAAAAACGAGGGCCUGAACUGGCUGCGUAUGGCAUCACGUGUGGAUGCAGUAGCCUCAAAGGUUCAGACAGCCGUGACUAUGAAAGCGGUGACGAAAAACAUGACACAGGUGACUAAAUCUCUGGAUAAGGCUCUGAACUCCAUGGAUCUGCAGAAAGUGUCAGCUGUUAUGGACAAGUUUGAGACCCAGGUUCAGAAUCUUGAUGUUCACACCUCGGUGAUGGAGGACUCCAUGAGCUCUGCGACCACACUGACCACUCCACAGGAUCAGGUGGAUGAUCUGAUUCUGCAGAUAGCGGAGGAGAAUGGGCUGGAGGUGGUGGAUCAACUCAGUCAGCUGCCAGCUGGAGCUGCAUCACUGGGAGAAACCUCAGUACGCUCACAGGAUAAAGAAGACCUGCUCUCUAGACGGUUGGCUGCCUUACGUAACUGAUGGUGUUCUGAGAUUCAGUUAAACCCUUCCAGCUUGGAGGACUUUACCAGACCGUUGAUUUUUGUAGCCUUAUCUAUUUAUAUAAAGUAUCACACAAAAAUUCUCUUUUGGCUUUAUCUUUGUAUCUCAUCUCCUAUCAUCAAACAUACUUGUGUACAAUUCUGAAUUUUCAUACAAUGGAAACAAGGGAAAGUACUGAUGUAGAGGGUUGCUGGGGUUUGCUCAUUGUCGUUGCCAAUGGCUCUGUGUUCAUUUAUGUUUGUAUCUUUUGUUUCAAUCUGAUAGAGGGUGAAACCUUCAUAACAUUGUUACGUACAGAUUUUGUUAUAGUGUAUUAUGCAGUGCAUGAAAUAGAGCGCAGCAUGAUUAAUCACAUGAAGGGAUUGAGUGUAUUUUCAAUCUGUCAGAGUUUGCUUUGGUUCCUCAUGCCUUACUGCCGUGCACUGGUGUGUUAGUAGGUGCUUCAUUCAUUCAGUGCCUCCAUCGAACUACAGAGUGAAGAGUCCACCCCAUAAACACAUGGGACUUUGGUUUUUAUUAACACCUGACAUACGUCUGUAGUCACAGUCUUUUCUGGGGCGGUUUAGCUUGGAGAAGGGUUAAGUUUUACUAGAAUUUACUUCUGGAGGUCUUCUUUUGUUUUAUGUGCUUCUAUUCUAAAAAUAAAAUGAUUCUAAUAUUAUUGCUGAAAUGGAGCAAUGUCAGACGGCAUGUUCCAGUGCCACUGUUUUACUUCGUUUAAAAAAAAAUAAUAAAAAAACAUUUUUGUUAUGUGGUUUAUGUUGGUCCAUAUCUUAUAACUUGACCACAAAGGGAGAUAAAGGACAGAAUGACCGCCUCAGUUACCAUUCACUUUCAAAAAAAGAUGCAAUGCCAGUGAAGGGUGACUUACGCUAUCGUUCUGCCUGACGUCUUGUGUUCCAAAAGGUUUGAAAAAUCAUGAGGGUGAGUAAAAGUUUGCAGAAUUUAGAUUUUUGGGUAACCUAUCCAACUUAUGGUUUGUAGUGAAUCAUAACUGUAAAAAAAGUAUGCUGAUCUUUUUCUCAGAUAAAACCCAUUGAAACAAUGUCCAUUUUAUUGAAAGUAUUUCUACAUUAGCAUAAAAUUCAACACUAAAUAUUUCAAGUAUGAUAAAAAUAUAAUCAUAGUAAGGAACAACACAAAAUUGUUUGAGCUUUUUAAGAAAUGCAGAACGUAUAAAUUCAAUAAUGAUUUAUCUCUUCUUUGGAGAUAAUAUGCUUGUACUAGUUACAGUAUUUAAACAUUAAUUCAAAAUGGAUCAACACAUUCUGUCUGGAUACAAAUCUAAAGUUUAUUUCCCACUGCUUUGUUUCUGUUGCUUUAUGUUUUUAAGAAUGCAAGUGUGUAAUAAAUUUUCUGAUCUUACUUG